AUGCUGAAAGUAUGCAUCUCCAAGCGAACUGAGAGACAUUCUUUGAUUCCUGUUCUCAGGCCCAGAUCAGUGAUACCACAGUCAAGAUUCUUCAGUCCGUUUGUAGUCGCCUUCCUUGUCAUAGCAACAGUCCUGCUCCUGGCUAUGACUGUAGGUCUACUCAUUCACUUUUUAGCUUUUGACAAAAGAACUUACUUUUACCAUAGCAGCUUUCAAAUCCUAAAUGUUGAAUACACCGAGGCUUUAAAUUCACCAGCUACACAGGAAUACAGGCAUUUGAGCGAAAGAAUUGAGUCUAUGAUUACUGAUGCAUUCCGAGAAUCAAAUUUAAAACGUGAGUUUAUCAGAACACAUGUUGUCAAACUGAGGAAUGAAGGGAACAGUGUCAUCGCAGAUGCUGUCAUGAAAUUUCGAUCUAGUAAACGUAGCAAUAGAAGAUCCAUGAAAAGCAGAAUUCAAUCUGUGCUACGAGCACUGAGCACCUCUGGAAGCUUGGAAAUAGCCCCUUCAAAUGAGAUAACAUCACUCACUGACCAGGAUACGGAAAAUUUUUUGACUCAAGAAUGUGGAGCCCGUCCAGACCUUAUAACACUGUCAGAAGAGAGAAUCAUUGGAGGCACUCUAGCUGAGACAGGUGAUUGGCCCUGGCAAGUCAGUCUACAGCUCAAUAAUGUCCACCACUGUGGAGGUAUCCUGAUCAGUAACUCGUGGGUCCUAACAGCAGCUCACUGCUUCAGAAGCUACUCUAAUCCUCUACAAUGGACUGCCACCUUUGGUGUUUCUACAAUACGUCCUCUCUUAAGAGUGAGAGUAAGAGCUAUUAUAGCCCAUAACAAUUACAGACCGACAACUCGUGAUAAUGAUAUUGCAGUUAUACAACUUGAAAGACCUAUCACCUUUAGCAGAAAUAUCCAUAGGGUGUGUCUCCCGGCUCCAACCCAAAGUACCAUACCUGGUUCUAUGGCAUAUGUCACAGGAUGGGGAUCACUUACUUAUGGAGGCAACACAGUCACAGAUCUAUGGCAGGGACAGGUCAGAAUAAUAAGUACAGAUGUUUGCAAUGAACCAGCUGGUUACAGUGGAAGCGUCUUGCCUGGAAUGCUCUGUGCUGGAGUGCCUUCGGGUGCAGUGGAUGCAUGCCAGGGUGAUUCUGGUGGUCCACUCGUUCAAGAAGACUCACGGCGGCUUUGGUUUGUGGUGGGGAUUGUGAGCUGGGGAUAUCAGUGUGGCCAGCCAAAUAAGCCAGGCGUGUAUACCCGAGUGACAACCUACCGAGACUGGAUCAGACAGCAAACUGGAAUCUAG